CGUUAGAUGUUGGGCAGCUGAUUUUAGCUAAAUCGUUGACAGGCUUUGUCUCUUUUCGUUUGUGAGUUGUUUGUGUGGUGGAGUGUUAUUGUUUGUUUGUUGUGUAGAAAUGGAAAAAGAAUUGUGGGAAGCUGUGAAGAGAGGUGAUAUUGAGUCAGUAACGCGUCUUUUGGAGAUGAAAGUUGAUAUCAAUGGACUUGAUGAGUAUGAGAAUGAAACUCUUUUGAUGCAAGCAUGUAGGAAUAAGAACAAGAAGUUGAUUGAGUUGCUGCUCACUAAUUCAGCAGAUGUUAAUCAGACCAACACUUGGGGACAGACAGUAUUGAUAAUAGCGGCAAUGACUGGAUCAGAAGACACUAUUGACGUGUUAUUGAAUGUCAAAGAUAUUAAUGUGAUGAGCAAAGAUUUUUGGGGAAGGACAGCCAUUCAUUAUGCUUCAGAGGGUCAUCAUGUGACCAUUGUAGAGAGACUUCUGUCUUGUUCUGUUCCUGUUGAUAUCAAUGAUAAUGAUGGUCAUACACCACUCUUGUGGGCUGCUUGUAAUGGUGACGUGGGUUGUGUUGAUGUUCUCCUAAAACAUGGAGCGAGUCCCCAACAUGAGAGUAAGUAUGGAUCACCACUGGAGAUUGCCAAGCACCAUGGUUACAGUGAUGUGGUUGAGAUGAUGGAAGAAGCCAUAAGAUUGAGGUCUCAUCCGUAUGUGAAGAGAGACGUGGCAAUCCGGAGACAGGAAGACGACCAGACAAUUGCUGAACUGCAGAGAGAAGUCAAGAUGUUGAAAGGAGAAUUAAGACAAUCAGUCCAUAAAAGUGAAGUGACUAAGCUGAGAACCGAGAUCCAAGAGAAAGAGGAGAAAAUGAGAUAUCUCGUGUCUGCUCUUGCUACUGUUAGUGAAAUGGCAAGCAAGAAAGUUACUAAAAGUCACGUGACUUCUAAGAAAUUUUUGUUGUCAACACAGCCAGCAGAGGAUGUGAUGUAUGCAGUCAGUGCUCUUGCCUGUGAUCAGUGGAGUGAUGUUGGACUCGAGUUAGGAUACACAAUGCCUGAACUCAACUCACUCACGUCUUCAGUUACUGCACUUUCCAGCAAGCUACAUGCCAUACUGAGAACAAAAGCUCUUGCUGUUGGUACCAGCAAGGUUGUUGGUAUCAUCUUGUCUGCUUGCCAGCGUAUUAAUUUGCCAAUUUGUGCUGCUGCAAUAAGAGAUGAGGUGGUUAAACGUCAAAAGAGACUGAAAGCACAGAACGAUGGACAAUAGAAUAAUUGACUUUGUCACUUUGUUGUCUGCAUGGCUGAUCAUAUCAUGUAUGGGUUUAUAGCAGUCUAUAUAUCUUCUUGUUUGUAAUGCUUUAUGCAUCCUGCUAUUUGUAUUUAAGCACUUUUAUGCUUAAAACGCGGUCUAAUAUUUUACACCAAAUUUUGAAAUAACUACAUGGUAUGAACAGCUGUUUAUAUCCUGGACAUUAUGGGCGGAGCUGUUGUAGCCAUGGUAUAUCUGGUUUGUUUGCAACAUGUUACUGAA